GAACAAUGUAUUCUGCCCUAAUUUCAGUCGAGUAGAAGAAGAAAGCCAAAGCUGUUCAGUGGUGAAUCGGUAGAUCAGAGUUCUUCUACAAGCGGAGAAUUAACGGAAUUUUCAAGCCAAGCACCUCCCCAAUUGCAGUUGCAGCCUCUCGCUUCUCUUGCGUGCAGCCACCGUCCCUAACCCUCAACAGCAGUGCAGCCUCUCUCUUAUCUGUAUGUUUCUUCUUUAAGCAGGUGAUUGAUGGCUGAUCAGAAGCACAGAAUCCUGAUGGUUUCAGAUUUUUUCUUUCCCAAUUUUGGUGGUGUCGAGAGCCAUAUUUAUUAUCUAUCUCAAUGCCUGCUAAAGCUUGGUCACAAGGUGGUUGUUAUGACUCAUGCUUAUGGUAAUCGCUCUGGGGUGAGAUACAUGACUGGUGGCCUUAAAGUUUACUAUGUACCAUGGAGACCAUUUCUUAUGCAGAACACCUUGCCAACUGUUUACGGGACACUUCCAAUUGUAAGGACUAUCCUUGUUCGAGAAAAAAUAUCAUUGGUGCAUGGACAUCAAGCCUUCUCAACUCUUUGUCAUGAAGCGUUGAUGCAUGCACGCACCAUGGGUUACAAAGUUGUAUUUACUGAUCAUUCACUCUAUGGUUUUGCUGAUAUCGGAAGCAUUCACAUGAACAAGGUGUUGCAAUUCACUUUAGCAGACGUGAGCCAGGCCAUUUGUGUUUCUCAUACAAGCAAGGAAAACACAGUGUUACGGUCAGGUCUACCACCAGAAAAGGUUUUCAUGAUACCAAAUGCUGUUGACACUGCUAUGUUCAAGCCAGCCCCAGAGCGACUUGGCAAUGAUGAAAUUAUUAUUGUUGUGAUAAGUAGAUUGGUUUAUCGAAAGGGUGCAGACUUGCUUGUUGAAGUCAUUCCAGAAAUUUGCCGUUUGUAUCCUAAUGUCAGGUUCAUUGUUGGAGGAGAUGGACCUAAACGGGUAAGGCUGGAAGAGAUGAGGGAAAGACACUCUCUUCAAGAUCGAGUUGAAAUGCUGGGUUCUGUACCACAUGCUCAUGUACGCUCUGUCUUGAUUUCUGGCCAUAUAUUUCUAAACAGUUCUUUGACAGAGGCGUUCUGCAUAGCCAUAUUAGAGGCUGCUAGUUGUGGGUUAUUAACAGUCAGCACACGCGUAGGAGGUGUACCUGAGGUUCUACCAGAGGACAUGAUUGUACUUGCAGAACCUGAUCCUAGUGAUAUGGUAAGAGCAACCGGAAAGGCGAUAUCUCUACUUCCGAAUAUUGACCCACAACAGAUGCAUAAUCGCAUGAAGAAACUCUAUGAUUGGCAUGAUGUUGCAAAACGAACAGAGAUUGUUUAUGACCGUGCUUUGAAAUGUCCCGACCAAAAUUUGUUAGAACGACUCUCACGGUACCUCUCUUGUGGUAGUUGGGCAGGCAAGAUUUUCUGCUUCGUUAUGAUAAUUGAUUUCUUGCUAUGGCGUCUGCUGCAACUAUGGCAGCCAACAGAGGAGAUUGAGGAGGUGCCUGAAUUUACUUCACCCCGUCACCAAGAUGAGGAAAUAAUCUCAAAUUUCAACUAGGAACAAAAUUUGGGGUGGCAUUGUAGGUUUAAAGUCCUCUUGGUUCAUUGAGAUGGCCAUUGGUUUUGGGUUCCACAGCAAAGGAUUCCUCUUCCUUCCAUAUAAUUUCUUUCAUCCCUGCGUGUGAGAUGAAUUUUGAUAUCAGAUCACUUUGUUUCAUAUAUUGAUUUAGCUAGUUAUUAAUUAAAUCUUAUAAAAUUUGUAUGCAUGUAUGUUGUUCUAUUUCCAAUUAAUUGUAAUGUAUGCUGAAAAAAAUAGAGGUAACUACUAAUUUUUCUUUGAA